UAACAGAGUCAUUAAUUCCAUCAUUAGAGUGUGUACUUAGUAUAUAUGCCACUAAAAAGUACAUGUUUGUUUCUGUACAACAGAUGAUUCGCAAAACUAUGAAUCUACUGCAAAGGACUACUGUGCUGUUGAUUUUGGCUUUUUCAGUAUCAGAGACAUUUGCAGCAAGGAUCAUUGGUGGUCAAGAGGUCGCACCAUACUCGAAGAAAUAUCAGGCCUCCCUGCAGUAUGGGGACAGGAGACACUACUGUGGAGGAACCUUAGUGCACCCUAUGUGGGUGGUGUCUGCUGCCCACUGCUGGAGACCGAGCAGUCUGAUAAAGGUGGUGUUAUGUGAACACAACCUGAAUAAAAAUGAAGGAUUCGAGCAGGUCAUUGAUGUCGCAGAGAUAUUUGUCCACCACUUCAAUCCCAAGACAUUCAACAAUGACAUCAUGCUCCUUAAGCUGAGUCGGCCGGCACAGCUGAACAAGUGGGUCCAGCCAAUUCCUCUGCCUGAUCAAAACACUCCAUCACUUACUCGGGACGUCUGCACAGUGAGCGGCUGGGGUGUGACAAACGUUUACAGCUACACCCUUUCUCCUGUGCUACGAGCUGUGGACGUGUCAAUAAACCCUUACUGCCAUUAUUACUACUGGCGGAUGAUCACUCCAAACAUGCUGUGUGCUGGAUCACGAUUGGGUGGAAAAGAUUCCUGUCAGGGCGACUCUGGUGGCCCCCUUAUCUGCAAUGGACACUUUGAGGGCAUUGUGUCCUGGGGUAUCAGCUGUGCAAACCCAUACUUUCCAGGAGUCUACACCAGAGUGAGGAAAUACAUCACAUGGAUAAACUGGAUUAUCGCUAAUAAAACAUGAAGGGCCCCAACAUUUCUUGAUGAGCAUCUUAUUCACGGCAAUAAUACCUAUGUCUGUUUAUUUUGAUUAAAUACUUUCCCUGUGUUUUAAGCAGCCAGGGUUAUUUUUUUUAUUUUUUUUUGUAGAUGUCAGGUUUCACUGAAAUGUAUUAUUACGCUUAUAAUUCAUUCAUUUUAAACAUUCAAUACUCCGAAAGAGAGACAUGAGAUACAGAAUCAAGCUAAUUAUUUUCACUAUUAUCAUCAAUAUUAUUUUAGUGGUAGUAUUUCAGUAAUAAUAGAGAAGAUAUUGAGUUGCAUUGAUGAAUAGAGCUGGGCAAUAAAAUUAAAAUCAAUAACAAUAUUACAUUUUCACUCAACACCCUUGUAUCAUUUUUUUUUAUUCACCCAUAAAAUCAAAUCAAUAUUUUUUUUUCAUGAAGAAAAAUAUGAAGAUCAAUUAAAGCUCUAGAACUGCUGUUUGUCACUAUUUCUGAAAGAGCUGCCUCUCAAUCUUUUGCUUCAUCAACAUAAGAACAAAACAUAGCAAUAAUAAGAUUUUCAAAUGGCAUGUCACAAGAAUCUUAAUCUUUCUUACAGAGUAAAACGUGGACCUAAA